AUGGUUGUUCAAGGCUUUUUAAAGAGUGAUCCUUCAGUAGCUCUAAAUCAUGUUGUUUACACUUGUACUGAAGAUGGCAAGAAUAGACAUUUAACAAUUUUUCGUUCUUUUAACGCUGAGGAGGCUCUUGAUUUUUGCAGACGUUGUGAUGAAUGUCGUGUUCUUUUUAAUCUUCUUGACCAAAAGAAGGAUAUUAGAAGGCCUGUUUGGGAUGUUACUUAUAUGAUUAAAAAUCACCCCCUUUGGAGAAUGGUUCAUAUUGCCAUAUUAUGCAAUCGAACAGAUAUUUUCUCUGACGAGGGAAUUGAAUGUAUAAAGAAAUUUGGAUAUUCUGUGGAUGAUUUGACAAAUGUCGUUUGCUCUCCUGAAGGGAAAUAUCCUUUAAUGUUGGCAAUAGAAAAACAGCAAGAGUCAAUUGUUCGUUUUCUUCUUAAAAAUGGCGCUAAUCCAGGUGCACGAGAUCCUAAGGGGAACAAUUCGCUUCAUUAUGCAGCUUUGGCUUCAGCAAGUAUGUUAGAAACCCUUUGGCAUUUUGAAUCUUGCAAGCCUCUUUUAAACUCAAAAAACAACGACGGGGAAACACCAACUCGUGUUGCAUUUCAAAAUUUAAAUCCGCUUUGUCUAAAGACUUUGUUGGGUUUUGGUGGUGAAUUAAUGUUGAAGGCGACUGACAAAAAUCCUCUUUUUGAGUUGAUGCAAUCUAAGGGGAAGACUGUUGAGUCAUGCCUUCAUGCCGCUCUCUUCAAAACUUCACUUAUGAGUGUUCUUCAUUUAAAACAUACAGAGCUUGAUUUAAAUUCAAAAAAUAAAGCAGGGCUAACACCUUUACAUCAAUUUGUGAUAGCUGGGGAUUUUGGUUUAACAAUGUGUAUUGCCUCUUACGGCGCUGAUUUAAAUGUUCCUGCUGACUAUUCUAAAAUGUCAGCUCUUCAUUUGGCUGUUUCUCAACGUAAUUUGGAAAUUACUCGUUUACUUUUAAGUCUUGGCGCUGAUCCAAAUCCAGUCAAUAGUCAUGGAGAUACUCCUCGUCAUAUGGCUGCUAAAUUGAAUGAAUUUGAGCUUCUCAAAAGCUUAAUAAUUUGUGGGGCAAAACGCUGUCCAGCAACAAAAAUUGGUUGUGUUUCUGGCUGUGUAGAUAAUAAAGCAUUAAGAGCAAUCAAAAAGCCUUCCUCUUCAAUGCCAAUAAUAGUACCUGAAGCAAAGAAAAGUCCAACAUCUUUAGUGGAAGAAUUAGAAAAUCGGACAUUCAGUAAAGAAAUGUUGAGAUAUAAUAAAAUAUUGGAUGCUGAACAUAAUUCAAUUUAUAAUGAAAUGAUUGGGGUUUUGAAUGAAAAAAAUGAAGAUGAAAAUUCGAGUAUAAUAAAUAUACUUUCUUUGGAUGGUGGUGGAAUUCGUGGUUUGGUUAUUACUCAGAUAAUGUUAGAAGUUGAACGUGUUAUGGGCGAAUCUAUAUUUGAAUAUUUUGAUUGGGUGGCAGGAACUUCAACAGGUUCAUUAGUUGCUGCUGGUCUUGCAAGUGGACAGACUCUUCGAGAACUUCAAAGGGUUUAUAUUCGUUUCAAGGACCUUGUUUUUGAUAAUCGUCGACCACACAAUACAGCCGUUUUGGAGACUUUUAUUCAAGAAGAAUUGGGAAAAGAUAAAUUGUUGUUUGAUUUGGAAUGGCCAAGACUUUUAUUUACUACAACAAAAGCAGAUUAUUUCCCUGUUCAAUUAGAAUUAAUGAGAAAUUAUACUCUUCCAACAACUGAUGAUGAGAAUUCGGAACUUGGAUUUAAAAAUUCAGAAAAAUUGUACUUAUGGAAGGCAUUGAGACGUUCUUCAGCAGCACCUACAUUCUUUUCUGCUGUUGAUAAUAAAUAUAUUGAUGGAGGUAUAAUCUCAAAUAAUCCAUCACUUGAAUUAUUACAAGAAGUACAAUUUUGGAAUAGUUUUAAUAAAUUAAAGAAUAUUCCAAAAUCUGUUCGUAUUGGUUGUCUUUUAAGUAUUGGAACUGGUUCUAUUCCUUCAACAAAAUUGGAGCCGGCACAUUUAGAGUUAGCACAAAAUUAUAUCACACAACCAAUAACUUCUUAUAAUGCUGUGAUUACUAUUGGACAGAUUUUGAUUGAUCAGGUAUCAGCAACAGAAGGAGCCCCUGUACACAGAGCUGGAGCUUGGUGUAUAUCUUCAAGAACACCCUAUUUUAGACUUAGCGCUCCUCUUCAUAAAGAAGUUCAAAUGGAUGCAAAAGGUGAUGAAGAAAUUGCUAAAAUGAUGUGGGAUUGUAUUGAAUAUAUGUAA